UGGCAUCAUCUUCAACAUCGACAUUCAUCAUCCUCACCUGUGCUGUUUUUUUAUCGCAAAAGGACUUGGAUAAUCUGCAAGAAUGAAAUUUAUCAUCCUGAGCCUCUGUCUGGCUACGGCCUCCGCUGCACCUUCCGUCUUUCAUUACCUGCCUCAUUACGCGAGUUCCAGAGGUCAGGUACCACCUUCACCGAUGAGAAAUCCCUUCACAGCUGGUCAGUCUCUACCACAAAUGCCAGGACUAUCUGGACUACCUGGACUACCUGGCGCUUACAGUGUGGAACUGAUUUAUCCACAUAGAUUUCCUCUAGGUGCCGGUGGAUCAGCUGCACAGCCCUUUGCCACCCAUGGGUUCAUCAAAUACUCCAUCCCUCAGCCACCAGGCAGACAGAGUGUGGAAGUCUACUACCCCUAUGACUUCUCCCAGCAAAGGAUAAUGACAAACAUGCCUCCUAUGACAAACGUCCCUCAGAUGCCAAAUGUGAUGCCAUAUGACUAUCCCCUUCAAAAUAAUCCCCAGCAAAACCCAAAUAUGCCCUCAUUUGAUGCCAGUCCUCUUCCAUCCCAGGUUCCCCUGCAGCCUCUCCAACAGGAUCAGCCCGCACAGACAAGCCAGAUGCCGGCGAAGGCGUGAAGUGGAUGAGAAAAAGGAGACGAAACUAUUCCUUCCUCCUUAACAUUCAGAUGGAUGGAACAAAUGAUGUUAAAUAACUGAAUCUGUUUCUGCAACAUGUAGAUGUGCCUACUAAAUUAAAAAUUUAAUUAGCAUGAAAAAGACACUUUUCAAUAAGAUAUAGUAUUCUAAAUAACAACAUCAUCUGCAUAGAAUGAAACACAUUUCUGAAGUAUUUUCUGCUUUGCUUUAUAGUCGUCAUAGAUUUUCACUAUUAUUGUGUUUCUCAAGUACUUUGUAAUGCUGCAUUUCCACAGUAUGUAACAAAUGUGCUGCAUGUGUUUAUUAACGCAUUUGAACUUUUCCUUAAAUGUCAUUUUCCUUAAGAAUUAAAGUCUAAGUUUUCAAGCAA